UAUUGCCAAGCACAGGGCACACACCUGCCCAAGCUGUACCGUGAGCUGUCUUUGCACAGCUCUGCUCUGAGGCCUGCCCCUCUCGUUCCAAUCCAGUCAAGUUUCACAUAGCAUGAAAGGGCAAGUGAGCAAGGCUUUACCAGGCUUGUUUCAUCUGCUUGUGAGGCGAGUGCUGCGAAGCUCCUCGGCAGGGCAGGCUCUAACGUUGAAGUUCAGAAUCCUUCCCGAGUGGCAGCUAUUUUUAGCUUGGAUUUAUGUGAGCACAGCUCUUGAUCCCAUAGAGGAGAGCAGGAAGGGUAGGAAAGGCUGUUGGGCAGGGUGUUUGGUUUCUCAAACGUCCCCUGCCCCCACUGCCAGAGCAGAGUUGGCUCUCCUUAGGGCACGCCGCAGGUACUACACGCGGGCGGAGGCUGAGCAUGCCAUGCGCUUCAUCAACGGCACGCGCCUGGACGACCGCAUCAUCCGCACCGACUGGGACGCCGGCUUCAAGGAGGGCAGGCAGUACGGCAGAGGCAAGACUGGAGGACAGGUGCGAGACGAGUACCGGACAGACUACGAUGUGGGCAGAGGAGGCUUUGGCAAGAUCAUUCAGAUGCAGAAGGCAAAUCAUCAACCUGCCAUCUAUUAAUUGCCUCAUGGGUCCUAGCUUGUAGAGGGCACUGUCCUUCCAGAGCUAGCCCUUCUCUCCCAUUUUGGAUUGGGGUAGGGAGUGAGAGCCACGUUCCAGCAGAAGGUGACCCUCCUCAGACUGUGUUCAUCCCUGCUUCCUUCUGGGCUGGAGAGGGUGCUCCAUGCUGAUACAGGGCACCAAGGGAAAAAUGGGACAGCUCUGCAGGAUUCUCUGCAAGGAGAAAUGCAGCAGGUCUCACACACCUUGUGCUAGGACAUACUUCUCACACUGCAUCCAAAGCAGAUGGCUUCCUCCAAGCUACAGCUGUGGUUGCUCUCAAAUGGAACUUCUUGAAAGCUCACCAUCAUCAGACCCUCCAGAGCCUGGGCACCUUGUGGGGACACUCAAGAGACUCUCCAUCCUCAUCUGCUUCCAAAGCAGUGUCACUGGUUGGAUGAGGGAAGUCAGACAGGGUGUUAGCAUCCACGUGCAGGUGCCCAUGUCUGCCCUUGGUUGGUUUGGGCCUGCAGAGCAUUUCUCUUUAUGAUGCCCCCAGUGCUGCCUGGCUUCCCAGAUCCUUGCUCUUUGGCAUGAUUUUGUUAAAAGGUUAUCUCAUCUUUUUUAAUAAACA